CCACCACCUGAAAAAUUCGAUUUCUGAACGAAAAAAUAAAUUUUUUAAAUGCACGUCCAACGAUAUCUCACUUUUCGCGCUUUACCAUGACAAACUUACAUAUGGCAUUUGAAUAGGAGAAUAGAAACCGGAGAAUGUUUAUUAUACUUUUUAACUAAUUUGCAUAUUGACGCGCAUUUAUAUGUAAACGUUGACGCAAGGUAGUUGAUUGUUAAUCGGUAGGAUACGGUCCAUGAAAUCACGUGUAUUAAAAUCUACGUGGGAUGUUGGGCGCUAUCACCCCCACGAAUCCCCACGAGUACACCGAAAUGUCUCGGUUAGCCGACUACUUUGUUGUGGUCGGCUACGAUCACGAAAAAGAGAGAGGAGGCAUAAGUAAUGGAAUCAUUUUACAAAGGUUCCCAGAAAAAGAUUGGCCAGAUACACCAUUCAUAGAAGGAAUAGAAUGGUUUUGUCAACCGCAAGGAUGGGCUUUGUCUACAGAGAGACAAGAACCAAGGUUUUUUGUAUCUAUUUUAACUGACAUUGAUGCAAAUCGACAUUACUGUGCUUGCAUGUGUUUUAAUGAGACAGUAUCUAUUGUGCCAAGUAAGCCUGUAGAUGAAGAAGAAGAUCCAGUCGACAAUGAUAGCCGUUCUUUGGUUAGAACAAUGCCUACAAUUGCACAUCACAGCAUUAUGUAUGCACCUAAAUGUCUGGUGCUGGUUUCCAGACUUGAUUACAUUGAAACUUUUAGAAAUUGCCUUGGUAUUAUAUACACAGUGUACGUAGAAAAUCUUGGUAUACCAUUAGAAACUCUGGUAGGAAAUAUAUUAGGCUGUAUACAAGUACCUCCUGCUGGUGGACCACAAGUAAGGUUUAGCAUUGGUGCAGGUGAUCGUCAAGCACUUCAGCCUCCAAUUAGCCCCUCUCUUCCAAUAACGCACAGUAGCGUGAACCUUUUAUUUCAACAACUAGGUAUUCGUAACGUACUAGUAUUAUUUUGUGCUGUUAUGACAGAACACAAAAUACUUUUUCAUUCGGCCAGUUACUCGCGAUUAACCGAAGGAUGUCGUGCUCUUACCGCAUUAAUGUAUCCAUUCAGAUACACACACGUUUACAUUCCUCUUUUACCAGCAGCUUUAGUUGAAAUACUCAGUACACCGACUCCAUUUAUUAUGGGUGUACACAGUUCACUGAAACACGAAGUUGCAGAACUCAUGGACGUAAUAGUUGCUGAUCUAGAUGGAGGGGCUAUCAUGGUCCCAGAUGGAGUUUCACUACCACUGCUUCCAGAGCCACUUCUUUCACAAACGCAAGAAGCACUAUCUCUAGUCUUGCAACCAGAGUUGGCUUGUGCAGAUUAUGCUUUCCCACCGUUGGCGACAAGAGCACCUCACUCUCCGAUGUUAGACAAAGAAUUACGAGCAGUUUUCAUGAGGACGUUCGCUCAGUUAUUGCAAGGAUAUAGAAGUUGCCUAACAUUGAUAAGGAUUCAUCCAAAGCCUGUCAUAACAUUUCACAAGGCAGCUUUCUUAGGAGAACGUGGCUUGACAGAUUGCGAUUUUACAACUAGAGUUUUGGAUUGCAUGUUUUUUACUUCCUUUAUUGCAGAAAGGGGACCACCUUGGAGGUGUUGCGACGUAUGGGAUGAAUUAUAUAAUAAUUUAGGCGAUCAAUUGAAACAAGAAACACAAGAUCAUAGACUUAUUUUAACACAUAUACAAGAGUUGGCGCAACAAUUAUAUACAAAUGAAAAUCCAAAUCCUCAGCCGUAUGUACAAAAGAUCUUAAAACCACCUGAAGGAGCGUUUGCGAGAAUACAUCAGCCGCUUUUGCCACGAAUUAAUCCGGAACAAGUUCAAGCAAUUAUAGACGAGGGUCUUGCCAAAAAUAAUCUGAAAGUUAGAUUAUCGUCACUGAGACCGUCACAGCCACGCAUUGUACCUAUGGGUCCACAUAUAUCGUUUGUCCAUGACACUAGACAUUUGGUCAGCAACUCUGCACGUAGACUGGAAGUUCUCCGUAAUUGUGUAAAUUGUAUAUUUGAGAAUAAGAUAUCGGAUGCCCGUAAAACGUUUCCAGCUGUUUUAAGAGCAUUGAAAAGCAAAGCAGCCCGAUUAGCGCUUUGUAUGGAAUUAUCACAGCACGUUGUUGGAAAUAAAGCUAUGCUGGAACAUCAGCAAUUCGAUCACGUAGUCCGAUUGAUGAACUGUGCACUGCAAGACGAUUCAUCCAUGGACGAGCAUGGAGUUGCUGCUGCACUUCUACCACUUGCCACAGCGUUUUGUAGAAAACUGUGUACGGGAGUAAUCCAGUUCGCUUACACAUGCAUCCAAGAGCAUCCCGUAUGGCAGAAUCAACAAUUCUGGGAGGAUGCUUUUUAUUUGGACGUACAGAAAGAUAUUAAACGACUAUAUCUACCUGGGGAGAAUUCCCCGCCACGGCUUAUGAACGAUGGUAUUUUAAGUCCGAUCAGUCCACGCGAUGGCAUAGAAUUUCCGUUUCGCGAUCGUUUUUCAAUUUAUCAAAUUCAAGAGCCAUCGGCGCUUGAAAUAGCUGCUGAGCAGAUGCGAAUUUGGCCGACGAUGGAUCCAGAAAAACAAAAGGAACUUAUUGCCAGUGAAGAAAGUACUAUGUACAGCCAAGCGAUUCAUUAUGCAAAUAGGAUGGUUUAUUUAUUGGUCCCGUUAGAUAUAGGAGCGAAAACGCAUCGUCAAGAUAAUAUUUAUGACGAUGAAAGGGCGAGCAACAGCGUUACAAAUAGUGUAGCAAGCGAUAGUGGUGACGCUGAGUCCGGAUUUGAGGAAACCGACCCUGGAGAAACGGGUAGUGCUGUUAUUCGCAUGGUUUCACGAUUUGUAGAUCGUGUAUGCACUGAAGGAGGUGUAAGUACAGAACAUGUUAGGUGCUUACACCAGAUGGUUCCUGGCGUUGUUCAUAUGCACAUUGAAACGCUCGAAGCUAUACACAGAGAGAGCAAGAGAUUACCUCAGAUACAGAAGCCUAAAAUUCUGACACCUAAUAUGUUACCGGGUGAAGAAGUUAUUAUGGACGGUCUACGUGUUUAUCUCUUGCCCGAUGGAAGAGAAGAAAGUUCCGCAGUAUUACCAAAGAUACCCCCUCUCUUGCCAGCAGAAGGAGCGAUUUUCCUUACUAAUUAUAGAAUUGUGUUUAAAGGAAUACCAUGUGAUCCAUUUGCUAGCGAACAAUUGGUGGUUCGAGCUUUCCCUGUAACGUCCUUAACUAAAGAGAAACGAGUCGCUGUGCAACACUCAGCACAGUUAGACCAAUGUUUACAAGAAGGUCUUCAAUUGCGGUCCUGUUCUUUUCAAUUAAUCAAAUUAGCUUUUGACGAAGAAGUAACACUUGAGAAUAUCGAAACAUUACGAAAAUUGGUUCAUAAAGCUCGGUAUCCACCAAAUAUUUUUCAUCAUUUUGCUUUCAACGGUCAAGUGUUAGUUCCUCAGACUUCACACCACAAGGGGAAAGAAAAGAAUGCUACACUUAAAGGGUUCGCUAAGAAAACACUUUUAAAGACUGCACGAAAAGCUGGUUUUAAACCGAAACAAUCAUCGAAACGACAGAAGUAUGUCUUGCCAAAUAUGAAUAUAAUUACUAAUAAUAAGUACAUGACAUCACCGGGUCGAAUGAGUUUACCAGUAACAGAUAAUAAUGAUCUAAGCCACGAUGAUGAUCUUAGUGUAGAUGAUUUUGAGAUUCCCGGUGUUGUAACUCAACCGGUGACAGACGCGAAAACCUUGGAACGAUUGUCAGAACGCAGUUAUGUGAGAGAUUGGUAUCGAUUAGGAUUGUAUUCGAAUGGACCACACAAUAACCGUAGGAACGAGCCUUUUCGAUUAUCUUCUGUGAAUUGCGCCUACAAGAUUUGCAGAAGCUACCCUGCCCUUCUUGUAGUUCCCUCAUCAGUAUCAGAUGAAAGUAUUCGUAGAUUUUGCCGGCUGUACAGGCACAACAGACUACCUGUUGUUACUUGGAGGCAUCCGAGAACAAAAGCGCUUUUGAUCAGGGGCGCCGGUUACCACGGGAAAGGUGUCAUGGGUAUGCUGAAAGCUCAUCCAGCAACCACUGGUAAUUUGAAAGCAACGUCUUCAGAAACCACGUCAUCGUUGGAGCAAGAGAAAUAUCUCAUGGCUCUUGUGUCAGCUACUCCGUUAUCGGCACUAAGACAAGGCUCUGCUUGGGGAAUGUCUGACAGUUCUCUUAGUAUUGAUUCGUUAUUGUUAGCUGCUGAAGAUCGUAAUGCUACACCGGAACAGUCGCGACGAAAUCCAUUUAACAAGGCUAUUGGAACGUUAAGUUCGUCGGGAGGUAAAGGGCCUAAGAAUUUCGGUCGUUGGGGCUCACUAAAAGAUAAAAGACACAGUUCUCAAGCUUCAUUAACUUCGGUUCAUCAACGUGGAACUGUUAGGCAUUCUGCAGACUCGGACAGCGGCACGGAAUGUGUUCAUACUUUCCAACGCGCUGCAUUGUAUAUUCUUGGCGAGAAAGCCCAUAUGAAAGGCGUUAAAGCAGAAUCAGCACCGAAGACAGACUUUAUUCCUGUGGAAUAUUAUGAUGUAAGGCAUACCAAAGCUGCAUUUAAGAAACUCAUGCGUGCCUGUGUUCCUAGCUCUCCAAAUGUAGAGCCUGACCAAAGCUUUUAUAAAUUAAUCGAAAGUUCGGAAUGGUUACAGCAACUUCAAAAUUUAAUGCAAUUAGCUGGUGCUGUAAUAGACUUAAUGGAUGUUCAAGGCUCCUCAGUAGCUGUCUGUUUAGAAGAAGGUUGGGACACAACGGCAACAGUAUGUUCUAUUGCUCAAGUGUGUCUCGAUCCUCACUACAGAACUAUCGAAGGAUUCCGAACUUUAAUCGAAAAGGAAUGGCUCGGAUUUGGACAUAGAUUCGGACACAGGAGUAACCUAGCAGCGAAUUCCCAAACUACGAAUUUCACUCCUACUUUCCUUCAGUUCCUCGAUGUAGUCCAUCAAAUUCAAAAACAGUUCCCAUUAGCGUUUGAAUUCAACGAAUAUUAUUUAAAAUUCCUGGCGUAUCACUCGGUAUCUUGUCGGUUUCGCACAUUUCUACUGGAUUGCGAGUUCGAUCGAGUGGAGUGCGGUAUCACUGCUGUUGAGGAUAAAAGAGGAUCAUUGACGAGCCAUCAUAAAGGUGUAGAUACAGGCAGCGAUGACGAAACUAUUUAUCCUGGGGGUAGAUUAGCGGGAACGAAUACGGGAUGUAAUCUUGGCCAAAGCAUAUUCGACUAUAUCGAAAAACAGCAUGCACGUUGCCCAUUGUUCUAUAAUUUUAUGUACACUGCUAACACAGAAAAUACGGUACUAAGACCUGUUUCACAUUUGCCAAAUCUUGAAAUUUGGCAAUAUUAUUUAGAAGAAGAGUUGGCACAUGGACCGGCAUACGACUUAGAAGUAUUACAGCAAGAUUCACAACAAGAAGAAGAAGCAGAGGCUGCUGAUGGCGUGGUUAAAAGCAAUCGCAAAGUUGUGGCACAGGGGUACGAUGGUAUAAAUUCAAUGAUACCAGAUCAAUUUUCUUAUCUUUUGGAGGAGAUUCAUAAGUUAGAAACUGAAUUGGGUCAUUUACCGCAGAAAUGGAAAGUUCUUUGGGACAAACUUGAACUGCCAAACACAGAUUCACUUACCAGACAUGCGUCAUUUAGCACUGCGUUAGUCAGAUAUCAUGGUCGAUUGAUUCAUAAACGUUCUACGUUGGAAUUACUUUUAAGGGGUAAACUUGCUAGCGGAAGCUCGUCUGGGAACGAUGGUUCAGUUUACGCACAUCCUCAUAGAUUUGAGAGAUUAGACUCAGCAACACCGACUCACUGUGAUGCUUGUUCCGGUGUAUUAUGGGGACCUGUGAAAGCUGGCUUACGAUGUGUGGACUGCGGCCACGUUUGUCACGAUAAGUGCGCCGAAGCAGUACCAAAAAAUUGUACAAAAUAUAAGACGGUAACUGACAAUUUACAGACGCAUACACUGACGAGAAGCGGUGGCGAUAACGGGAGUAUAAAUUCAAGUGUUACCACCAUACAAACGUCUUCACAACAAUAUUACGAACAAUUCUCUAGUAAUGUAGCUGAAAAUAGAACGCACGAAGGAUACCUUUAUAAACGAGGUGCUCUACUUAAAGGUUGGAAGCAAAGAUGGUUUGUAUUGGACUCUAUAAAGCAUCAGUUAAGGUAUUACGACGCAAUGGAAGAUUCGCAUUGCAAAGGAUAUAUAGAUUUAGCUGAAGUAGUAUCUGUAACUCCGGCUCAACCAAUGCCAGGUCCACCAAAGAAAACAGAUGAUAAAUCAUUUUUCGAUCUUCGUACAAACAGACGAACGUACAAUUUUUGUGCUGGCGAUGCAGCGACUGCGCAAGAAUGGAUCGAGAAGGUCCAAGCGUGCUUACAAUAGCUUGAUUAUAACUCUAAUUUAAAAAUUGUGCAAGUGACUGAUAGAUUAAAAACAGAUUUUAAUUUUGUUACAUACUAUUGUAUAGUCUAAUAGUACGUAUUAUAGACUGCAGUAAUUUUGCUUUAAAUAUUUUAAGGCCAACGAUUGUUGGGCUAAACAGUAUCAUAAAUUGAAUGUGAUGUACUCAUAUCUUUGACAUAGCAUUAUUAUAUAAAUGUAUAUUGUAAUUAUA